AUGGCAACAGCUUCGGGGCCGCUCGAGGAGCCUCCCUCGCUUCUCCUGCUCCCAGCCUCACCCUGUGUCCCCCGCGCCGUCUACCACGCACCGCUCGCCGCCGUGCUCAUACGCCUCAGCAACGAGCACCGGCGUCGGGCAGCUGCCUGCACGCCUCCGCAGCCGCCGCCGCCGCCAGCCCUCGUUGUCGUCGCCAUUGCAACUCCGGUGCUUGCCGGUCCAUCACCGCGAGCUAGGCUCGUCUACUGGCGCCGCGCCCAAGCUCUCCUCGCCGAGACGUACGCCCUCAUCGCCUCCAUCGCGGCCGAGCACGCCAUCGCCACGGACCUCGGUAGCUGUGAGCCCGGCUCCGUCGAUGCCCGCAUCAUCCUCGUCGACUACGAUGGAACUGGGCCGUCUCCAGGGCCCGGCGGCCGGCAACAGGCCGUCGUCGUCCCGGACCUUGCUCGCUUCGCAUCCACGUUGCACCCGUGGUCUACCGUCUACUAUCCAACCGGCGGACCGGGUGAGGAACUGCUCGCCGCGUACACUGCGCUCGCAGAGGGUCAUCAAACUCUGCAGCAGAAUACGAUUGUCGUCGUCGACGGUGUCUCGGAUCCGACUCCACACUCCCCGACGACUGAAAACGGCGGCGGGGGAGAUUUGGAGGUUGCUGUCGAGGACGCUGUCCGAGGGUACAGCACUGUCAGUUUAGGUGGCACCUUUGAUCACCUGCAUCCAGGCCACAAGUUGCUCCUCCACGCCGCCGCCUUGCUCCUCCACAUCCCCGACGAUGACGCCCCUACGCCGUCGCGCAAGCCGGCUGUGCUCAUCGUUGGCGUUUCGGGCGACGAGCUGCUCACCAAGAAACAGUUCGCCGACGAACUUCAAGAAUGGGAUGCCCGCGCGCGCUCCGUCAUCGAAUUUCUUGCCACGGUGCUCGCCGAGGCCCCGACAACGUCUACACCCUCCGUCACCACCACAAUGUCGGCGAUUCCGUCUGCCUCCGGCACGUCGCCCAAGGAGCUCCACGCGACCUUUUGCAACGGUGGCCUGCUCGUCCGCUGCGUCUACCUUUGCGACCCCUUUGGCCCCACCAUCACCGAGGAGUCUGUCGACGCCAUCGUUGUCUCGGGCGAGACGCGAAGUGGUGGGCAAGCCAUCAACGAUCGGAGGAAGGACCGCGGAUGGAAAGGAUUGGACAUGUACGAAAUUGAUGUUCUGGAUGCCAUCGAUGGCACAGACGAGACGGCGACGUCGGCAAAACCCGCCGACAGCUUCGCGGCCAAGAUUAGCAGCACAGAGAUUCGCAAGAAACGGGCACAAGCAAGGAAGGCGAGAUAG